GGAGGCACAAUGCAGGAAGCGCGUUCCAUGACCUUAAGUUUUAUUAAGUCCGAAGCACGAACUUCGUACAGACCUCACCUCAACGCCUGCCACAAUGGACGAUGCUAGCCUUUCGGGUCUGUCACCGAUAGCUCGCAUGGCAAAUGCCUCGAAGAAGCCUGCGGGUUGGCGCCUAAUCAACAUGACUCGAUCUACAACCCGACCUCGUCCUGCUCCGCAGAACCUCGGGCCCUACAAGGAAACAAUUUCUGUUUGGUCAACAGUCCAAGACGAUUUCGAACAGCGUCUAAGUCGUUUCGGCAUCAAAGUCUCCGAGGCUACACCUGAUAACCCACCUUCCGAAAUUGACAGCAAGCCAACUGUACACGCAGUUCGCGGGGCUUGUGAAAUUAUGGACAACUCCACCCGCGUCACUGCGCCGCAUGUGUUCAAUCCGACAAUGUCCACGAAUGAAGACUUUCCGCCGCUCGAGACUUCAACGCUGGCGCCCUUCACCAACAGUACUGGCGAGUCCAGACUUGAAGACGUAGAGCGAGAGUUACGGCAGGCGCAAUCAGAAGUACAAUUCUGGAAGCAGAAGUGCGAGGCUCGAGAACUUGACCUCCAGGCAGCCUAUAGCGAGACGAUGAAAUGGAGAAUGGAAUACGAGGAUCUGUAUGGCGCUAUAAUCCGAGACCAGCAGAUCCAGCCUCGUGAUACGUUGAUGAAGAGGCAUGGCACGAAAUCUUUAGGCUAGGCCUAACACGUUGCUGUGCAAUGGGGAGGGACUAUGCAGGACACUCGAGUGAGGCACAAUCAGAUAGUAUCCUCAAAUCAUAGACCAUCAGGUAUUGUUUUAGCCCAUAUAUCAUCCAGCAAACCGACGAAUUUCGUUGCCAUCUUCUUCCCGCCCUCUUCGCUGGGCUCAACCCUUGCAGUGUAGUGCUUUGCGAGUUUUCCAUCCAAUACCUCGUACAAGGCGCAUGGUACGACCUCAGUGCCUUCAAUUUUGAUUGUUUGUGUUGCCAUUCUGAA